UCUGCGCGCGAAUUCCGUGGCGCGAAUCUGGGACUGCCGGGUACUCGGAGCUGAGCGACUGAGGCGUCCCGGAGCAGCGGCUCGCGGGGAGGCGCGAGGCAAAAGAAAGACCAGGAAGGAGAGAGGACGGGAGCAUUUGGACGCCAUCAUGCAACGAACUAUCAGGUCAUUUUUCCAACCUGCCAACGAGGGUAAAGUGAAGAAGCCUGAAAAAGAGGCUACAACCAAAGGCAGCAGAGAGACGGAGCCCCCUGCGCCUCCCAAGGCGGCGCUGAAGGAGCGGAAUGGAGUGGUGUCUCCAAGUGACUCUCCAGUGAAGAGGCCGGCGAAGAAGGCAGCCCGGGUUCUGAGCAGCGAAGGGGAGGAGGAAGAUGAAGCCCUCGAUACCCACAAAGGCCAGAAGCCUGUGCCAGCCUCCCCAAAGUCCUCACCUUCCAGCUCUGGCACAAGUCCCGAGAACAGCCCUUCUGCCCCAGAUACCUCCCCCAUGGACACUUCCCCAUCCGGAUUCCCAAAGCGGCGCACAGCUCGGAAGCAGCUCCCAAAGCGGACAAUCCAGGAUGUUCUGGAAGAUCAGAGUGAGGAGGACAAGGACAGAGAAGCCAAGAAGAGGAAGGAGGGAGACGAAGCAGAGACCCCAAGAGACAGCCCUACAGAGACCAAUGUGGUAAAACCAAAAGGAGAAGAGGAAGAGGACCAGCCCGCGACACCCCCGAAGCCCCCCAAAGCCCGGAUUCCAACCAAGACAGAAAGCAGCCCUGCGCCCAGGGCGGCGGGCAAGCGGAAGCGGCCAGAAGAGGAGAAGCAGCACAAGCCCCUUCCCAAAGCCCCCCGCACGCUCAGCAGCUUCUUCACCCCCCGGAAGCCCGUGGUCAAGGCGGAAGUGAAAGGAGAGGAGUCAGGUGCUGCGAAGAAAGAGGCCAAGGGACCCCUGGACCCGAUGAGCUACAAUCCUGGCAAGAACAACUACCACCCUGUCGAGGACGCCUGCUGGAACCCUGGCCAGAAGGUCCCUUUCCUGGCCGUGGCGCGGACAUUUGAGAAGAUCGAGGAGGUGUCCGCUCGGCUCCGCAUGGUGGAGACACUGAGCAACUUCCUGCGCUCUGUGGUGGCCCUGUCGCCGCCAGACCUGCUCCCCGUCCUCUACCUCAGCCUCAGCCGCCUGGGGCCUCCGCAGCAGGGCCUGGAGCUGGGCGUCGGCGACGGCGUCCUCCUCAAGGCCGUGGCCCAGGCCACAGGCCGGCAGCUGGAGUCCAUCCGUGCCGAGGCAGCCGAGAAGGGCGACGUGGGGCUGGUGGCCGAGAGCAGCCGCAGCACACAGCGGCUCAUGCUGCCUCCACCGCCGCUCUCCGCCGCCGGCGUCUUCAACAAGUUCCGCGACAUUGCCGGCCUCACCGGCAGUGCUUCCACUGCCAAGAAGAUAGACAUCAUCAAAGGUCUCUUCGUUGCCUGCCGCCACUCGGAAGCCCGGUACAUCGCCAGGUCCCUGAGUGGACGGCUGCGCCUUGGGCUGGCGGAGCAAUCCGUGCUGGCUGCCCUCGCCCAGGCUGUGAGCCUCACGCCCCCAGGCCAAGGAUUCCCCCCAGCUGUGGUGGAUGCUGGGAAGGGCAAGACGGCGGAGGCCCGAAAGACAUGGCUGGAAGAGCAGGCCCUGGUCCUGAAGCAGACGUUCUGCGAGGUGCCCGACCUGGACCGCAUUGUACCCGUGCUACUGGAACAUGGCCUGGAGCGGCUCCCGGAGCACUGCAAGCUGAGUCCAGGAGUCCCGCUGAAACCCAUGCUGGCCCACCCCACUCGAGGUGUCGCCGAGGUCCUGAAACGCUUCGACGAGGCAGCCUUCACCUGCGAGUACAAAUAUGACGGGCAGAGGGCGCAAAUCCACUUCGAGGAAGGCGGGGAGGUGAAGAUCUUCAGCAGAAACCAGGAGGACAACACGGGGAGGUACCCCGACAUCAUCAGCCGUAUCCCCAAGAUUAAACUCCCUUCGGUCAUGUCUUUCAUUCUGGACACCGAGGCAGUAGCAUGGGACCGGGAAAAGAAGCAGAUCCAGCCAUUCCAGGUGCUCACUACCCGCAAACGCAAGGAGGUGGAAGCGUCAGAGAUUCAGGUGCAGGUGUGCUUGUACGCCUUCGACCUCAUCUAUCUCAAUGGUGAGUCCCUGGUCCGGGAGCCGCUGUCCCGGCGCCGGCAAUUGCUCCGAGACAACUUUGUGGAAACAGAGGGCGAGUUCGUCUUCGCCACCUCCUUAGACACCAAGGACACGGAGCAGAUCGCCGAGUUCCUGGAGCAGUCAGUGAAAGACUCAUGCGAGGGACUCAUGGUGAAGACGCUGGAUGUGGAUGCCACCUACGAGAUCGCCAAGCGCUCGCACAACUGGCUUAAGCUGAAGAAGGACUACCUGGAUGGUGUGGGGGACACCCUGGACCUCGUGGUGAUUGGUGCCUACUUGGGCCGGGGGAAGCGGGCUGGCCGCUAUGGGGGCUUCCUGCUGGCCACCUACGACGAGGACAGCGAGGAGCUGCAGGCCAUAUGCAAGCUUGGGACCGGCUUCAGCGACGAAGAGCUGGACGCACACUACCAGGGCCUCCAGGAGCUGGUGCUGCCUACCCCGCGCCCCUAUGUGCGCGCCGACGGCGCUGUGGCUCCUGAUCACUGGCUGGACCCCCGUGCCGUGUGGGAGGUGAAGUGUGCGGACCUCUCCCUCUCCCCCAUCUACCCCGCCGCCCGAGGCCUGGUGGACAGUGAGAAGGGCAUCUCCCUGCGCUUCCCUCGCUUCGUCCGCGUCCGCGAAGACAAGGAGCCUGAGCAGGCCACCACCAGCACCCAGGUGGCCGCCCUGUACCGAAAGCAGAGUCAGAUCCAGAACCAGCUAGGCACCGACUCGGACUCCGAUCCUGAGGGUUUCUACUGAGUGUGAGCUUUGCACUGGCCUGGGCCUGGUGGGCGUUCCCUUGUGUCCUCAAUAAAUCACUGCUAAUCACCCGCA